ACCAACACCGUCACUUCCGUUGACUCAUCGUUGACAUAGUUAAUAACCGAAAAAACUACCAAAUCACUCACACUGUAACUACUCGCUGGAAAACUCACAGUUCCGGCACCGGCACCAGCACCGCCGUAACUAACAUAGUUGAUUAAGAGGUUAACGUGUAAUGCAGGAAAAACCUUUCGAUUGAAGAUCUUGUACGGCACACAUUAUCGAAGAUCCUUCCUUUCUGCAAAUUCUCACCUUGCCUUAUUCCUGUUCUUCAUCUUUGUGAAGGUAAAUUACUGAAUUGACUACUCUACCCCUGUGAUCAUGCCUGCUGAAACAAUGGAUUCAAAAUUGUGGAAAUCGGAUGAACUUUCUGAAGGGCGUGUUAAUAUAGUUUCUUCUCGGGAAGAAACAACUCUCUUUUCAAGUUCUUGGUUCGAUUUGUUUAGCAAAAAAUUGCGAUUAUCUGCGAAUAAUGCUUCACAUGCACAUUCUGUGGAUGCAAUUGCAUCGCAUUACGAGGAACAGAGGCUUCGUGACUCUCUUGAAGAACUCGAGGCUCGAAUAAUUACAAGUCUACUCCCUAACGAGGAUGAUUUGCUUUCUGGAGUGAGGGAUGACCUUGUCAUUCCGAAUAGGACGCGUGAUGAGGUCGAUGAACUAGAGCUUUUUAAUAGUGGUGGAGGUUUUGAACUUGAAGAUGAUGGUAAGUCGUCGUCCAGAGAAAAGAAGUCUGAAAUCGUUGGUGGAGAUAGUAAUAAUAACUCAGUCGUGGGAGAAAAUCGUUCUGGUGAACACUUUUCUAGAAGAUUAUUUGUGAAAAAUAUCGACGCUGAUGUUGAAAACUCCGUAUUGAAAGCCCCUUUUGAGCAAUUUGGAGAUAUUGACAGUUUUGAUAGAGCUUGCAAGCAUCGAGGGAAUGCUAUGAUAACAUAUUAUGAUGUCAGAGAUGCCCAAAAUGCAAUGAGAGCACUCCAGAACCGACGCUUCGGCUGCAGGAAAUUCGACAUUCAUUAUUCGAUUCCUAAGAUUCAUCCCGAAUUCGAACAGAAAGAAUGCAACCUCUGUCUACAUCAGAACUGUUCUCCUCUUAACCCAACAACUGGCUCCCAUGGUAGAGAAGGCUUGCAUCAGGGGAUCUCUCCAAGUGUUCCGAACACGUCACCGUCUCUAAUCAUACAUAAUUCAGUUGGAAACCAAUGUGAAAUUUCUGAAUCAAGUUCCUCAGGCCAGUUGAAUUUUGAUACUCAGCCUGAAUUAGCUUUUCAACCUCAUUCCUUCUCAGAACAUCAUCGUAAUGGUGUACGCCACAGUCCUCUUGAGGUCGCUGCAAACGUCAACCUCAAAACACAGGAAAGAAUCGAUAACAUGCCGUUUUUUCAAGUAAACUCCAAUAGACCCUUCAUGGAUUUUGAAGCAUGUGUUUCUAAAUCCUCUGGUAAUGGACGUUCAAGCUUCCCUCUCCCUGGCCAUCAUGAAAAUUGGAGCAAUUCCUAUCUGCCUCGACCUAUGUUGCAAAAUUCACCAUCAUUUUUCAAUGGAGCUUGUGCAGCACCUACUAUACAAAGAUUGAACCAAAUUUCUAUGCCACCAUCACAUAUGCUAACUGCUGUUUUACCAACAAAUAACCAUCUUGUUCAAUCACCUCCUCUUUGGGACAGUAGAUAUCCUUAUCCAGCUGAAUCUAUAACACCACACCGUGUCGACUUUGUUCCUCGUAACAUGCUCCCUCAUUUUGGACUCAACUUCCACAACCAGAGGAGCAUGGUGUUUCCUGAAAGAAACCAUAUGAUUAAUUCAGUUGAUACUACUUAUAAACGCGUUCGAAGCCGUAGAAAUGUAGGCACGUCGAACCCGGCUGACUUGAAACGGUAUGAACUUGAUAUUGACUGCAUUAAAAGGGGCGAAGAUAACCGAACAACGCUUAUGAUCAAGAACAUUCCCAACAAGUAUACUUCCAAGAUGUUGUUGGCUGCAAUAGAUAUACACCAUAAAGGAACUUAUGAUUUUUUGUAUCUACCAAUUGAUUUUAGAAACAGAUGCAAUGUUGGAUAUGCAUUCAUCAACAUGACUGAUCCUAGCUUCAUUGUACCAUUCUACAAGGUGUUCAAUGAGAAAAAGUGGUUGAAAUUCAACAGUGAGAAAGUGGCAUCACUCGCAUAUGCUCGCAUACAAGGGAGAGCCGCUCUUAUUGCUCACUUCCAGAAUUCAAGUUUGAUGAAUGAGGAUAAGCGUUGCAGGCCUAUCCUCUUCAACACGGAUGGUCCAAAUGCUGGUGAUCAGGUACCUUUCCCAAUUGGUAUAAAUGUUGGCAACAAAAAUGGAAAAGAUAGAAGCAACAUUCAUGAGGAUAACACUGCUAAUUUGGGAAACUUACAACCAUCAUCUGAUAAAGACAGUAUUUCAAAGGAAUCAGACUAAGGAAGUCACAUUUGUUUCUUUUGAUGCCUCAUUAAUUUUACUUAAAUCACUAACCAUACAAAUUAAAGUAAUUUGGUUAGACAAAUAAAAGUGCUUAUAUUAGGAGCAUAUGUACAUAGGUACCAAUACUUCACUUAAGCCAAGAAGUUUUUCAAUUCAUUGUUUUUUGUUAUUAUAUACGAUCAUAUUAGAUCAGUGUCGUCUCGGUGUCUAUGUUGAUGCUUGAAAGACAUCAAUAGAAUCCGUCUCAACUUUGAGUUUGCAAGGCAAAAGUAUAGGAGUUUCUGAAGUAUGAACUAUGAACAUUGGAGAAGCUUGUAUAGUUCCUUUUUUUUUAUUCAGGCAAUUUUUUCCUUGUAAAUUU